AAGUUAAAGGGUAGUCUAUUGUAUGUUUUGUAAACGGCAUUGGUAUGAUUUCUUUUUAUAGGUGACGUGUUUUUUGAUAAAUUAGUAUUUGAUGUAAUUAAAACAAUGAUAUCAAUAAUAUUUGGAAUACUAUUGUCGGCUUUGGCAUUAUUUGCCAUAUCUUUAUUUACUCUCCGCAAUUGGGUGCGAAGCUGCAAGAAAAAACUCAAUGGGUCUUUUGAAGGUACUGUGAACAUUGCAUUUUUUCAUCCAUACUGUAAUGCUGGAGGCGGCGGAGAGAGAGUUCUAUGGUGUGCAGUGCGGGCCUUGCAAGCUAAAUAUGACAAUAUCAAAAUUGUGAUAUACACAGGCGAUAUCGACAGUUCACCAAAUAGCAUUUUAAAAAAAGUGCAAGGUACUUUCAACAUAAAUGUGGACGAACAAAAUACAAGUUUUGUGUACUUAAAACGCCGAAUGUUAGUCGAAACGAAGUUUUAUCCGUAUUUUACGUUAUUGGGCCAAAGUCUUGGAUCAAUUAUUUUAGGAUUAGAGGCUCUUUGCAAAUUCCCCCCGGAUAUUUAUAUAGACACAACUGGAUAUGCUUUUACUUUACCCUUGUUCCGUUAUAUUGGUGGCUGUAAAGUUGGAUGCUAUGUGCACUAUCCUACAAUAAGCAUGGAUAUGCUGCGGCGUGUUCAACAACGGGAGUAUUGCCACAAUAAUCAAGCAUACGUUGUUAGAAAUCCAUUCAUUACAUGGCUGAAGGUUAUAUACUAUUGGUUGUUCGCUAAGCUUUAUAGCUGGGUUGGCCAAUGCUCUGACACUAUCAUGGUUAAUUCCACAUGGACUGAAAAUCAUAUUCGCGAUUUAUGGGGAGUACCAUUUAAAACUCAUCGCGUAUACCCGCCCUGCGAAGUGAAGAAUAUUAAAAAGCUGAAACGCAAUGAAAAUACAGAUAAUAUUUUAAUUUUAUCCAUUGGUCAAUUCCGACCAGAAAAAGAUCAUCCACUACAAUUGCAAGCAAUGUAUGAACUACGAACUAUUUUAUCGAGAAAUGAAGAUCUAUGGAAUAAAGUAAAACUUGUCAUUGUCGGUUCAUGUCGAAAUGAAAGCGAUUAUGAACGUCUUAAAAACAUGCAAGACUUGGCAAAGCAUCUGUCACUUGAAAACUCAGUGGAAUUCAAAGUUAACGUUCAUUUUCAAGAUCUUCUGCAGUUAUAUCAAAAAGCAGGAAUUGGAAUUCAUACAAUGUGGAAUGAACACUUUGGAAUCGGAGUGGUUGAAUGCAUGGCUGCUGGUAUGAUAAUGAUUGCUCACCGAUCAGGAGGGCCUUUAUUAGAUAUUAUCGAGACGUCUGAAGGAAGCCAAAAUGGAUAUUUAGCAGUUUCCGCUAUUGAAUACGCGAAUUGUAUUUUAAGUAUUAUAUAUAAUUCGAAGGAGUUAAAUGACACAAUUCGAAAUGCAGCGAGAUCAUCAGUGGAAAGAUUUUCGGAAGAAGAGUUCGAAGUCAACUUCCUUCGUGCAGUGACUCCAUUAUUUAACGAAUCAUGAAGUGCAUUCCCGACUUCCUAUAAAAUCAAAUAGAUGUUGACUUGAUUGUUUUUAAAUAAUUUUGUAAGAUAAGUAUAUUGUGAUUUAUCUCCUUUUUGGAAAAAGAAAUUAAAUCCAAGAUAUAUUAA